GAACUAUUAUAGUAACGAUACGCCUCGCUGUCGUUAGUGACCAAGAGGUUGAUUUAGGUUGUUUUAUUAUUAAUAAAAGUCUUCUGUGUUGAGAAAAAUUUUUAACACGACAUAUUUGCAACAUAAAAAUGCUUGAAGAUCGAGCUCAGUUGAUUGCUCGUGCUAAGCUUGCUGAGCAAGCAGAAAGAUACGAAGAUAUGGCAUCUGCCAUGAAGAAAGUCACCGAAAUGGGUGGGUCUCUCCAAAACGAAGAAAGAAAUUUACUGUCAGUGGCUUAUAAAAAUGUAGUUGGUUCUCGUAGAUCUUCAUGGAGAGUUAUAACAGGCAUUGAAUCAUCAAGAAAAGAUGGUGUUAAUAAGAGGACUGAAUUGGCAAAAGAGUAUCGGCUCAAAGUAGAGAAAGAAUUACAAGAUGUUUGUUCAGAAGUUUUAAAAUUGUUAAAUGAUUAUUUGAUUCCAAGUGUUGAUAGUGCUCUUACUGGUUUUAAUGGUACUGAAGAAGAAGAAGAAAAAUUAAUAGAGUCAAAAGUAUUUUACUGGAAAAUGAAAGGAGAUUAUUAUCGGUAUCUUGCUGAAGUAGUUAGUGAUGAAAAAGAAAAACACGAUGUUGUAUUAGAUUCUGAAAAAGCAUAUAUUGAAGCCCAAAAUGCCAGUAAUAAUAUGAAAGCAACAAAUCCUAUAAGAUUAGGUUUAGCAUUAAACUUUUCUGUUUUCUACUAUGAAAUUCGUGGUGAUCAAACCAAAGCUUGUGGCUUAGCUAAGAAAUCAUUUGAUGAGGCGAUAGCUGAAUUAGAUACAUUAAGCGAAGAUUCUUAUAAAGAUAGUACCUUGAUCAUGCAAUUGCUUAGAGACAAUCUUACAUUGUGGACCUCAGAAGUUGACGAUAACCAAGAUGACGAUGAACAGGGAAAUUAAGUUAUUAUUUUUGAUUAUUUAGAUUUAUAAGUUCAGAUUUAAGGAUUUUGAAAAACAUUAAAUAUAUAUUUGAUCAAUUUCCAGAAUAAAACAUAUUAUACAAAAAAUUCUAAAUUUCAACUUCAUGACAUUUAAUAUUUUUUUAAAAUGUAAUUCCAAACUUUAUACAGUUUAUGUUUUAAAGUUUUUUGUGAAUAUAUAAUUUCUUUUUUGUUUGUAUGUGAAUUAAAGUUUUUCUUCAGUCAUAAUUAACAGACAAAGAAUAAAUAUACAUCAUGUUUGUCAUUUUAAACUGAUCCUGUAUUGGAGCAGAUGGCUUUUGUUUGUGUGUGUGUGUGUGCGUUUAAAUAUACAGCACAGAUUAAUAAAGUCAUAGUUCUUAGAUUGAUUUACAGAGUUUAGGCAGGCAGUAUAUAUGUAUAAAAAACAUAGUAAAAAAAAAAAAUAACUAAAAAAAACACUAAUAAAACUAUAUUAUUUUUGUGUGUAAAUGUAUAUAUAUGUAAGAUAAUUUAUAUAUUUAGAAUAAGGUCUAUUUUGAGUACUUUUGACAUUUUUGAGUAAAUUUAAAAAAAAUGAGAUAUGCAUAUUACCCAGAAAAAAUGGAAAAAAAUUAAUGAUAAAAAGUGAAAUCUAAUUUUGCUAUAGUAUGUUUCUUUCAUUUCUUAGUACUGCCUGGCUAAAUCCUGUGUGUACUGAAUCCCUUUUUCAUAUUUUUUCAUUGUUUUGUUAGCAAUGAUGUCUUAUAUAUAUGUUAUUUCAUUUAGGUUAGCAUUUGUGCACACUAUUUUUUUGAGUAUAGUAGGUGAAAAAAAAAAUUUUUUUUUUU